GUACAGGCUGCACUUUUCCCUCCUGCCGACUCUCUCUCCAUUUUCUCUCCCUUCCCCACCUUCCAAUUAAAACUCUUUCUUCAAUCUCCAUUGACCAAUACAUUCAAUUUAGUCCAUAUCAAAACCUGAUUUUCCAGAAAUCGUACCCACAUUUUCCUCCAAUUAAUUCCUCCCUUUCAAAACUAUAUAAAUGUUAGAAAAACAAAUUAUACGACCUAUUUUGAAUUUUCCUGUACUUUUUUUCAUAAUUAUUUGAUGUUAUAAUUUGAACUUUUUGAGUGAGCUGAAAGUACUAAUAGUUAUUUCAGCUUGCUCGAAUUACUGAAAGUUUUCUCUUAUUUGAUCUUAAAGUAAGAUGCACAGCAAGUGUUCAGCCCAGAAGACGAGAUUUUAAGUUUUUUUCGCUCGUAUUUCAUGGCGACUAAACGUGCUUAUAAGCUACAGGAGUUUGUAGCACAUACAUCCACGGUUAAUUGCUUGAAAAUUGGGAGGAAGUCAUCCCGGGUUUUGGUCACUGGUGGAGAGGAUCACAAAGUUAAUCUUUGGGCUAUUGGAAAACCUAAUGCUAUAUUGAGUUUGUCGGGUCACUCAAGUGGAAUUGACUCAGUAAGUUUUGAUUCUUCAGAAGUACUUGUUGCUGCUGGAGCAGCAAGUGGAACAAUCAAGCUUUGGGAUUUAGAAGAGGCAAAAAUUGUUCGAACGCUUAUGGGCCAUCGAUCCAAUUGUAUAUCUGUGGACUUCCAUCCCUUUGGAGAGUUCUUUGCAUCUGGUUCUUUGGAUACAAAUUUAAAGAUAUGGGAUAUUAGAAGGAAGGGUUGCAUUCACACUUACAAAGGCCACACUCGAGGGGUCAAUGCCAUUAGAUUUACGCCUGAUGGGCGUUGGGUUGUAUCUGGUGGUGAGGACAACACUGUCAAGUUGUGGGACCUGACAGCCGGCAAAUUGAUGCAUGAUUUCAAGUCUCAUGAAGGGCAAAUUCAGUGCAUAGAUUUCCAUCCACACGAGUUUCUUUUGGCAACAGGUUCUUCUGAUAAAACGGUAAAAUUCUGGGACCUUGAGACUUUUGAACUUAUUAGCUCAGCUGGACCUGAGACAUCUGGAGUGCGCUGUAUAACCUUUAAUCCUGAUGGGAGGACCUUGUUAUGUGGAUUGCAAGAAAGCCUUAAGGUUCAUUCUUGGGAACCUAUUCGUUGCCACGAUACAGUAGAUGUUGGAUGGUCUAGGUUGUCAGAUCUGAAUGUUCAUGAGGGAAAGCUUCUUGGCUGCUCCUAUAACCAGAGUUGUGUUGGAGUGUGGGUAGUGGACAUCUCGCGGAUAGAACCAUAUUCAGUUCGUACACGCUCCAAUGGCCGCUCAGAAUUGAAGUCUGCUCCUACUGUAAAUUUGUCGGUGCAAAAUGAAAACAAUACCAAGGUUGGUUCUGGCCGGCUGUCAAUGUUACAGAAAACGAAUUUGGUGGAGAAAGAGACAAAGCCUUCGGGAAGGCUUCUAGUGCCUGCAAACUCUAAUCAAGUGAAUAAAGAGUCCAGAGUCUCAUCAGGUCCUGGUGUUACUCCUGGAACUCCAGUGCGGGUCAAUCUGAGCACCAGUCCAAGGAACACGUUGCCAUCCAACACAAUAGUUUUGAAAAGAAUUUCCUCCAAAUCCCAAUCGACAACAAUGGUUUCAACAAAUAAUAAAGUUGAUGUUACACCAAUAAUUGUACCUAGAGAUGAUGUAAAACUUGAGCAAGCUGAUUUCAAGAGAGAAGUAUUUUCCAGAAAAACUGUACCUCAUUCUUCUCAGCCAAAGCCUACUGAGUCGAGAAGGCUUUCGAACGCAAAUGAAAAAUGUGAUAGACCAACCAUUACUGUCCAACCUGAAAUAACUGCUGUCAAGGCACCGGAAUUGAGUGGAAUUGCAAAUAAGAGUAUAUUACCUGCUGCCAGAAACCUUAAUAUAAAUCUCUCUGGUGUGGAGAGGAAUCUGAAAGAGGAAAAUUUUGUUGGUUCGAUGAUUCCUCAAAAUAAUUUCUCGUCGCAGCCUCUUGCCGGCUUCCCUCUUGACAAUUUUGAAAUUCCGGUGCCUAAAACAAGCAAAGAUGCUGGUUUCACUGAAAUUCAACGUACUGGAAGGACCCAUUCAUUGGUUGCCAGUUGGGAAAUGAGAGAAAGAUCUCCUUCUGAAGGUCCUACUACUAGCAGUACGAUCAAUCUUGCUGACUCGCGCCCUUCUGCUAUUAAAUUUAGGUCAAGUGGAUAUUCUCAAUAUGCUGAAAAAGACAUGCCUUCGUUUACACAAGAUGAUAUCAUUGCUCAGAUAAUUGAAAGACAUGAGCAAUUUCUUGGUUCCAUGCAAUCACAUUUGGGUAAAUUACAGGCUGUGCAUAGAUUUUGGGAUCGCAAUGAUGUUAAAGGCGCAAUUGGUGCUAUGGAAAAGAUGGCUGAUCAUGGUGUCAUUGCUGAUGUAGUUAGCUUUUUGACAGAGAAAACUGACAUUGUUACCUUAGAGAUUUGUACAUGCCUCUUGCCACUACUUGCAAACCUUCUUGAGAGUGACAUGGAUAGGCGUAUAGGUAUUUCACUUGAAAUGCUGGCAAAGCUGGUGAGAGUAUUUGGUUCAGUCAUCUAUUCAGCAGUAUCAUCGGUUUCAUCUUCAGUGGGUGUAGAUAUUGAGGCUGAGCAAAGGUUGGAGCGCUGCAACCUCUGUUACAUUGAACUAGAGAGGGUUAAGCUAUGCCUGCCAGCGCUAAUGAGAAGAGGAGGCUCAAUAGCGAAGGCUGCACAGGAGCUGAAUUUAGCGCUAAGCGCUGGUUGUGAAUGAUGAUAGAGUUCGAGUUUCUUGAUGGAGGAGAUUCAGCCCUGUGUGACAAUGUUUGACUAGUUGAUGAGCUUGCUGUGGUUGAUCGGUUCACAUACAACACAAGCAUAGUCCGGUCGAAGCUGCAUGCUUGUGUAUUUAGGCCCGUGUUAACUGAAAGCAUUAACCUAUACUGUUAAUACUUCAUGGCAACUGACAGAAAGUCGAUUAGUGUGAACCCCUGCUUGUGUAGCUAAACCUGCUAGAAUCGCGAUGUAACGACUGCUCCAUUAAAUGGAGCAUAUAAACCUACCAUCUCUUACCUAAUUUGUAUGCCACAUCUGUAACGGGUGCAUUCUUAGGUGCGUGUAUUUUUCUCUAUCAUUCACAUUGGUGUAGCAAGAAUAUACGUUAUUUGGAAAUGAUUUUUUUCUAUGCUUGAAUGUCACUUUUGAAA